AUGGACCCCCAGCAGCGGCUGCUGGAGCUGCUGCAGCCCCGCAGCGAGGCGGAGUCCACCUGGUUAAAGAACCUCUUCACCUUCAUCACCGAACACCUGAGCCCCGUCGCCUGUGGCCCCGCCCCUCCUGCUGCAGACGGCUCAGCGUCAGGUGUGCGCUGUGAGCUCAGUGUGUAUCAGCUCAGUGUUUGUGUGGUGCAGCAGAUCCAGGAGAAGAUGUGCGUCGCUCACACCUUACCUGUCAGCUACAGGCUGCUGUCCAUCUCUGAGCUGGUCUCCCAGCAGCGCGUGGCCUGCGUCAGCAACCUGUCCUGGAGCACCAAUGAGCAGCGAGCGUGGGCCAGGGAGGCGGAGCUAUCUGUGCCAGGACAGCAGGCUCUGCCGAGAGUCAACCUGCUGCUGAUUGGCUGUCUGAGAGAGGGGCGGGGCAGUGAGUGGAGGCUGACAGACAGCAGCGGCAGCGUCAGGUGUGAGUGCAUGUCUCCUUCUCCUGUGUGGCUUAAUCGUCCCGUCUUCCUCCCUCAUUGGAACUACAUCCCCCAGAAAGCCUUGGGGCAGGACGAGGCCGGAGGCUGUGUGGAGCUGAUUGGUUCUCCCAUCCUGCUAUGUGCUGGUCCUGAGCAGGGAUUGGCUGCCUGUGCAGGUGUAGGGGCGGGGCUUAACGCAGUGGGAGUCAGAGAGGCCGCGGGGCUGCUGCACCACAGGGUCAGAGGGCGGCGACUGGCGGUGUGGGGGCAAGUGGGCUCAGUCUGCCCUCUACUGGAGGUGGCAGGAACAACCUUUUUCUGCUUCACACUGACUGACCAAUCACAGUCCGUACCUGUCCUCGUAAAGGUAGGUAACCUCUGCCAUGGCUGUGUCUGCAGAGACAGUAGAGGUGUAGACAGCAGCAAGUUGUGUUGGUCUCAGUGUGUGUGUGUUGGACAAAGUGUGUGUGUGACAGUUCUCCGUGUGUGUGUGUUGCGAGGCUGGAGAGGAAACAACAUCCUGUGUGUGACUGACUGCUCUGAACUACACACUGACUACACACCAAGACACACACAGGAUCUUACUCAAGCUCCUGCAGAGCACACACCCACCAACAUGGACAUGCCCCUGAUGAUGAUGUCACACGCCAGUGAUGACAGUGAGGAGGCGGAGCCUGAUGUCCAAUCAGGUGUGAGGAUGAAGCAGUCCAGAGUCAUCAGUUACCAGGGCAUAGUGACUAAGGUCGUGAGCGAGGGGGCGGGGCUCUACGUGAUUGACGGGAGGGUUGGUCUGUGUCUGGCCUAUCAGCCGAUGCCAAAGAGGAAACUCAGAGCAGGAGACCGAGUGGAGCUGCAUCACGUCCACUUCCUGUUCAAGCCCUGCCCUGACUUUCCUCCCAGCAUGCUUUGCUGCUGCCUUCGUUCCAGCCUGAAGGUGACAGCCUUCAGCAGGGUGGGCGGGGGGUGCCCUGCCCCCCGUUGUCCUGGAGACGGAACGUUACCACGGUUACUGCUGCAGGGACACAGGGGCGUGUCCGAGUACUUGUGGGUGUGUCACCUGAGCUCGCAGCUCACACACAGUCUGGUUCCAGGUGUGUUGAAGCAGCAGUGUGUCUGUCUGCUGUCCUGGAGGAUGAUGGAAACUCUGUUGGGACAAGGACGACAAAGACGGAGGGACAUCUACUCAGAGAUGUUGGACGAGCCUCACACCUGCCCUGUGACACAGGUAGUCCUUCACACCUGGAGACUGGGGUGUCCUCUGUGUUACUGCAGUGUGUUUACAGUGUCUCUGCAAGUUUACCUGCAGUUUUCUCUGGACCACGUCCACAUCCUGAGUUCAUCUGUCGCCAUGACAACAAGCUCUGUGGGCAGCAGCCCCCGGCCAUGUGUCUCCGUGGUGAUCAGGGUGGAGCAGAAAGAGGGCGUGGCCUGGAUGAACACGGGGGCGGGGACUACGGAGAAGGCAGGGCUGACACUGUGCUUCUCAGCGAGAGCUGCAGUGAUUGGUCCAGUGGUCAGGUGGGGGCAGGACCCUAAGAAUGGACCAAUGACAUCCAGAGAAGCAGAGAGAGAGGGGGAGGACAAGUCUGCCCGAUGGUUUCCUGUCCUCCAUCGUGGAUGUUUCUACAGACUCAUUGCCGCUAGCACUCAGGAUCCCAGUGCUUUGAUUGGCUCUGGUGUCUCUGGGCGGAGUGGGGUGGAGCUCCACACUGACUCCACCCUUCAGGUCAGAUCUGAUUGGAGGUUCCACACUCUGACAUGCCCACUGCUAUUGCACACCUGCAGACAGGUGCUCUCGUCCACAGUCCUGUCUGUCUCUGAGGUUUUGGACAGCAGGUCAGAGUUGGUGUGUUUCCAGGGAAUGGUGUCUGAGAGGAUCAGUGUGAGUGACAGGACUGCCCACAGUGGACACACAGGUGUGAGUCUCACACUGUGUGACCAAAGUGGAAGGAGUCUCAAGGUGUACCUGGACUUAAGCCACACCCCCUACCCACCUGGACUGUUGCCUGGAAACACCCUGCUGCUGUCCGCUUUCCAGAGGAGGCAGUCCAGGAUAGGAAGUGUGUACUGCACAUUUCUACCUGUCAGCUCAAUAACCGUCAUUUCUCUGGGAGACACGAGCUUGGCUCCGCCCCCUCCUCCUGCUCCCAUCAUGCAUCUGGGUCCGUGGGCUCUGAGUUCGGAGCAGAGGUGCAUUGUGGGUCAGGUCAAAGGUCACGUGGUGUGUUUCCUGUUCCUGCAGCUUCAGUGGAGCUGCUCACUGUGUGGCAGUGUGUACACACAGUCUUGCUGCAGUUCUCAGUGUCGUUCGACCUCCUCCAUCUUUCAGUCCAACGCAAAGCUGGUGAUUGAUGACGGCACAGGUGAAGCUCACGUCUGGUUCUCAGGUGCGCUGGUUCGUUCUCUGCUCGGAUUGGCUGACUCUCAGUGGGAGGGACUUCAGAGAGCACUCAGGGUUAAAGGUCACAUCAGAGUGUACCCCCGGGGGCGGAGCUUGGUGUGUGACGGUGACUCUGAUGAGUCUCUCUUUAACUUCCUGACGUGUGUGUGCGGCAGUGAUGUCGUAUGUCGGCCGAUUUCCUUCACCUGCAGGAACCACACCAACCUGAGAACACAAGAGGUGAGGCGGUUUAAUCGAGCAGACAGAGAUUUCUCCACCACGUUGCUCCGCCCCCUGCAGCUCACCUGUCUGCACCUGCACUGAUCUUGUACAAAUAAAUAAAUCUUUAUUGUUUUCUG